GUCAAGCAACACCUACCACCUACUUAACCUAUAAUGACGAAAUAAAUACCUACCAAGGCACUUUUAAGAUAUCUAUAAUAAUAAUUUGAGUAGAGUGAAUAUUGUUUUGUUGUUUUUCAGUUUCAUCUUUUGUAAGUUUGGGCAUAUAGUUUUGAAAUGGAAAAUAGCAACAAAAUUGUGCCUCCACAUCUUAACGCCGAGGUUUAUAGAUCUGAUACUACCGGCACGAGUACAAUGUCGUAUUUCGAUCAUAUUUCCAUUAAUGAAGAGAAUAGAGUGCUCAUUGGGUGCUCAGAGUUAACCGGUCGAUAUUGGAAUGGUGGAGCAAUCAUACACACAUCAGUUUCUGAAGGAAAAAAUCCUCAAAAUAUACCUAAGAAGAACAUUCACUUGUCUAGUGGAACAGCUGAUGGAUGUUUUUUAGGCAAAUUGGAUAAGCUCCUUUUAUGUCAAGACAAUGGUUCAGUUAGUAUUUGGUCAUCAUCAUGUGAUGAAGUAUGGAAAAUGUGGAGUGAAGAUGUGUCGGUAGCUGAACAUGAUGAUGCUGUGUUGGCUGUGGACUGCCUCACUCCGGAAACUGAAUAUGUUACAGCUGGUGCAGAUGGAAAUAUCAAAGUUUGGGAUGUAAAUGAGAUGAUCUGUACCCAUAACUACAUUGCUGCUCACAGUAUGUCAAUAUGCGGUGUAGCAGUUCUACCAAACUCAAAGAGCUUUGUAACAGGCUCCUUGGAUGAAUACAUAAGUUUGUGGGAUGAAGUUGUUGAUAAACCUAUUGUAGAUUUAGUGAAGAAUGAUUGUGGUGUCCGAUGUGUGCAGUGGAUCAAUGAGAAUAAAUUAAUAUUUGGUGAUGAAUCUGGAGUGCUAAGUUUAGUGGAUGCUAGGAAUCCAAAGUCAAUAAUAAGACUAAAAGAGUUUCCAGCUGCAGUGCACAGAAUAGCCAUUAAUAGAAACUCUGACAAAGUAGCUGUAUGCUGUGAUAAUAAAAUAGUUUCGGUUUGUGCAAUCAACGCAGACGACUCUGCCGAAGUUAUAUAUUACGAUAGACACACACACGGCAACAUAGUGCGCGGACUGGCGUGGGAUGGCAGGGAAGAUCUUGUGUUGCACACAGUCGGUUGGGAUGGGGAGAUGAAAUCACACGAUAUUGUUACCAACUAAAGUUUAUUUUUAAAUAUAUCCUUCAAUUUCA